UGUGAUUUUGACAUUUUGUACGUUCUUAAACAUUGUAUAUUUUUUAAUUUUUAAUUUGGAUUGAAAAUAUUUCUUUUAAUACCUUUAAAAUAGUUUUUUAUCUGCUUUGGGAGAAAUAAUCAUCUCUCGAAUCAAAAGAUGCAUGAUAAUAAGGAGAAAGAACCUCGAAAAGCAUUAAAGGCUUUUUGCAAAAAAUUAAUGAAGGUUACAGGUAACGCUGAAGAUUUUUUAGAUCCCACGCCUGUUAAGAUUCAGGAAAUCACAAAAUUUUUGAAGGAUUUUUAUAAUUUUACAACUAAUCAGUCAAACGUUGCAAAAGAAAACAAUGAAAUUCUGCCAGAAUUGGUUUUAGAAUCAAUGGACACAGAAUGCAUAUGGCAACAAUUAGAAAUUCGUAAUAAUUAUGAGAUGACGGUAAUUUUAGAAAAUGUUUCAAAGGCUCUUGCGAUCCCCGAAAAUUCUUUGCAUUUUAAAAUUAAAAGUGAAGAAGAUGAAAGCAAUUUGUCUACCAAUGGUGCAAGCAUAGACCAAGAAAAUAUCGCUAAUAAACAAAGUGGGAGUUACAAUGAAGAAAAUUCACCUAAUUUGAAAAAGGAAAAAGUAAAACCUGUUAAAAAAAAGAAAAACAAAGUGAAACCAUCAGUAGUCGAUGACAAAUUUUUUAAACUUAGUGAACUCGACGAAUUUUUGACACAGGAGGAUAAAAAAGAAAUGAAAAGAAGUUCUAAGAAAUUUGGAGAGAAUGAAGAAUAUGAUGGUAUAGAUUUUUUCUCUGAAGAGCUUGGAGCAGGAAGUGAAGUAGAAGAGGAUGAAGAAAAUGUUAAUUAUAAGGAUUUCUUUGAUGAUGCCAGUGGAAGUGAACAUGAUGUUGAAAGAGAAAACCUGGCCAAUGAACAGGAUUCCGAUAGGGAAGGUUCAGAUAAUGAUUCUAAAGAUGCUGAAAAGUCUGUUGACAAGGCUCAAAAUAUCAACCACGAGGAGGAUGACUCUGAAGAAGAAGAAGUAGAUAAUGAAGAAGAAGAAGAGCAGGAUGAUGAAGAAAAUUUUGACAAAAAUAUGGAAAAGAAACAAAAUAGAAACGGUUUGGAAAGCGAUAGUGAAGAUGAUAAUGAAGAAGAUUCGGAAAAUGAGAGUCAGUCUUCCAAAGGCAAUAUUUCCGACAAAGACGAUCCAAAAUCAUCAUAUGAAUUACGACAAAAGAGAUUAAAGGAACGCAUAACAGAAUUAGAAGAUAAAGCAUUGUCUGAAAAACCAUGGCAAUUAAAGGGUGAAAUUAAAGCAACCAGUAGACCCCAAAAUUCUUUAUUGGAAGAAGUUUUGGAAUUUGACGCAGGUACUCGUCCAGCGCCAAUCAUAACACAAGAAACUAAUUUAAAAUUAGAAGAUAUUAUACGACAACGUAUCAAAGAUCAAUCAUGGGAUGAUCCUGAAAGGAAAGUAAGACCGGUCAAUAUUCCCCAAGAUUUCCGUAAAAAACUAGUUUUAGAUGGUGAAAAAAGCAAAGAAUCUUUAGCCCAGAUAUACGAGAAAGAAUAUCAAAAGCAAAUAGAAAAAUUGAAUAAUGGUGAAGAUGCUACUGAAAAUGAAGAACUAUCUAAAGAACACAAAGAAAUACAAGUUAUGAUGGAAGAUUUAUUUAGAAAAUUAGAUGCUUUAUCAAAUUUCCAUUUUACACCCAAGCCGGCAUUUGCAGAACCAAAAAUUAUUACAAAUACACCUGCCAUAACAAUAGAAGAGGUGGCACCGAUUGCGGUUAGUGAUGCUCAAUUAUUAGCUCCUGAAGAAAUAAAAAGUGGUUCUAAAGGAGACGUUCUGGGAAAAUCUGAACGUUCAAAAACUGACAAAAAUAGGGAAAGGCGCCAUAAGAAACAUUUCCAGAAGAGAGUUUUUAAACAAAAGGAAGAACGUGAACUACAAAAACAGAAAGCUGGAAUUCCACUAACAAAGAAAGAAGAUAAAGAAAGAGCUCUUAGAAAUGUUAUAAAAAAUAGGAAUAUUUCUAAAAUGACUGAAACUUCUGAUAAAACAAUAAAAUCAUCAAAAUCAUUUUUCAAUCAAUUGCAAGGUGAUACAGAAUUGGGUGUUAAAGUUAAAAGGAAAAAAGGAAAUAAAUUUGGUGACAAUUCAGAUUUAUCAGCGAAAAAAUUAAAAUUAUAGAUAAAUUUUUCAGAACACUUGUAUUUGUACAUAAUCGAGUUUAAAAUUGCUAUAAAUAAUAAAAACUAGUUUUACAUACAUAAAUAUAAGAUUUCGUUAAAAUAUUAUAAUGUUUCCUAUGUUUUUUAAAUUCUGUAUAUUUCUUAUAAAUAUGUAAAUACGUUCAGAUAUUCAGCGCAAAUUUCUAUUAUUUAAAAGAAUAAUCUUUUGAAAGUUGUACGGAAAACAUAAGAGGAGUAUCAAAAAAUUAAAAAUGCUGAUUAAGAAUAUGAUUAAGUAUGAUUUUAUUAAGAAAACGUUUAUGAUAUCCGAGAAGACAAUAUAAGUAGAUAGCUUUUAAAUAAGCCAUGACAUUGAGGAGGAGCAAUAGAAAAAUUUUUUGUAUUAAUAAAAAUUUCUUGAAUUUUUUACAAAUGAAAAUUUUUAAUAUCUAUUAUAGAUUUUAUGAGUAAUUAUUUAUAAUAUUAGCAAUAUUCAAUUAUUUCACUAGAAUAUUUUAUAUGAAUUGUGUACCAAUUA